AGAGACAGAGGAAGAGGAGGAUGAAGAGACAGAGGGAGAGGAGGAAGAAGAAGAAGAGGAGGAUGAGGAAGAGGAAGUAGAAAAAGGAGAGGCAAUAGCAGAUGAGGAUAUUGGUGAACCUGUCGGAGUGGAAGGAAAGGAGGAAGAAAUGGAUGUAGAAGAAGAGGAGGAUGAGGAUGAGGAGGAAGAAGACGGAGAAAAAGAGGGUGAGAAGGAAGAUGAAGGUCCCGGAGAGUACAGGGUGUCUCUACCCUGGGUCACACGUAAAAUGAUCCAUGAGGCUCAUUACGAAAACAUUCACAACCCAAGAAGUGUAUUGAAGCGAUCGUAUGUCUUUAAAUGGUUUGCCGCUGUUGCCAUUGAUCUUGGACCGGAACUCCUUGCAGACAUCAUACACAUUGCUCUCCCUGCUCUCCAUCGAGAACUCAAUAACACCAGAAGAAUGCCAGAUCCAAAGUUAAAAGCACUGACCCAAGAAGUGUUGGAACUGUUAAAGAAAACAGUUGGCACCACCGUCUUCUCAGAGAAGUUUGCUCAAGCACAGAAAAUACGGAUGGAGCGAAUUUCCUCCCGUAAACAGAAGAGAGCAGUUGAGGCUGUCACCCGACCAGACAUUUCUUACAAGAGGAAACAGAAGCAGAACAUUGCCAAAGUUGCUGCCAAAAAGAGAAAAGUGGAGAAGAUAAGAACGAUGAAAGUUUUGAAAGGAAAAUUUUCAAGAAAGAGUUGAGAAUGAGAAAAUGGAAACAGUCACACCAUUAUUAUUAUUAUUAUUAUUAUUUUAUUUAAAGAUGACUCUAUUUUUGUAAAUACAUGUAUUAAAGGGGACAUGGGGAGGGGGCAGAAAUAAAACAAUUUCAACCAUC